CGAGUGCGUCAUCACGAAGUGUUUGUUUUGCCAACCGAGGGUGCGCCAAAUCUCAGUUCUUUCCGGAACCGCGAACGAAAUGGAAGCUCUCGCUCGUAGCAGGCUCUGGAGUCGGUGCAAGUCGCGGGCCACGGCCUACUACCGUGCGCUGACCAGGGACUUUAACUACUCGACGGACUUCUUCUUCGGGCAGGAUUUCCUGAUGGCGAUCGCGGGUGCUCGACUGAACUCGACAAACGUUAGAAUCAGACGCUGGUGGAACGCUUACCGGUUGGUGAGCUGCCUUCCGGUGCUCUUAAUUUAUUGGAACACUUUUGUGGCGGUGCGAAAUCAUGCGAAGCUGGAAAUUGUACUGAGCUGCGUGCAGGCAACGGUCGCAACUGGGAUUACGAUACUGCGAAUGAUGCUCAUCCUCCGGCACUACGACUCGUUUAUGGAGGUGCAGCGUUACGUGAAUCGACGCAAGUCACGGGUUCAACGACAGCUCGAAUUGGAACCGGGCAACUCGCGACAGCACGAUUUGAUGAAGAAACGCUUCUUCUGGAAGUUCGUCCAGGAAGAGUUCGGUGACUGCGUGCAGCUGCACAUCGAGUUCCUAGCUAUGCUGAACCGAAUUCGGCCGUUUUUGAAUGCCACCUUCUUGAUCGUGUACUACUCAACGGUGAUGAGCCUGUCCAGUGGUGCCAUCUACGUGUCUCAGAUGAAGAACAUCACGGUAUUUUCAUUGAAUACACUCUACUACUGUGUUUGGGUUGCCUUCGAAUGUGGAACCUUGACUAGAACAGUUAGCCUGCUGACGGAGUCGCACGAAUCCAUCGGCUGGGAAGUGUACAACCUGGACUGGCCGGAGAAGCUCGAAUGGGAAGAGCAGUUCCAGGAGGAGUACCGCUCCGUUCGAGCGACGAUGCUGAACGUGAUGGUCGUGGCGCAGCAACCCUUGCGUUUGAACUGCUACGGCUUUUUCGAGUUCACCCAGGAUCGGUUCUACGAGCUGCUCAACAUGGCCUACUCAAUGUACACGUUUUUCAGGGAUUUCGUCUAA